AAGGGCAGACACAUUCUUUCAUCUCUGUUAAUCCUCAUCUGAUGCAGGAUUUUCCUGCCAUUAAAUCUGGAGAACGAAAAAUAAGCACUCAAGCCUGCACCAGCAACUGUUCCUCCUCACCCUGCUCUCUACCCUUCCUUCCCUCCUUUGCUUCUUCCUCCCAUCAUCUUUUAGCCUCCGCGGCUGCCUGAGCUGGGGGACAGAUAGGCUGGGGGAACUGAGGGUGGCCCCACAGGAGGAGCAGGGAGACCUCCAGGAUGGUAGGGAUCCCACUGCUGGGUGGUUCUAAGCCACCAGGUGUGUGAAAGGCUGCAGGAUGCUGGCCCUGCUGCUGCAUGCGGUGGUCCUCGGCCUACCCCGAGCCCGGGCCACAGGCACGGACGCCUGCACGCGCGCCUGCCCCGCCGCCUGCUCCUGCAGCGGCCUGGAGCGCGGCUGCUCUGUGCGCUGUGACCGCGCGGGCCUCCGGCAGGUGCCCGCCGAGUUCCCGUGCGAAGCUGCCGCCAUCGAUCUGGACAGGAACGGCCUGCGCUUCCUGGGCGAGCGGGCCUUUGGCACGCUGCCGUCGCUGCGCCGCCUGUCGCUGCGCCACAACAACCUGUCCUUCAUCACGCCCGGCGCCUUCAAGGGCCUGCCGCGCCUGGGCGUGCUCAGCCUGGCGCACAACGGCGACCUGCGCUACCUCCACGCGCGGACCUUCGCCGCGCUCGGCCGCCUGCGCCGCCUGGACCUGGCCUCGUGCCGCCUCCUCAGCGUGCCCGAGCGCCUCCUGGCCGAGCUGCCCGCCCUGCGCGAGCUCGCCGCCUUCGACAACCUGUUCCGCAGCGUGCCAGGCGCCCUGCGCGGCUUGGCCAACCUGACGCACGCGCGCCUGGAGCGCUGCCGCAUCGAGGCCGUGGCCUCCGGCUCGCUGCUGGGGCUGCGGCAACUGCGCUCGCUCAGCCUGCAGACAAACCGCGUCUGCGCCGUGCACGGCGGCGCCUUCCGCGACUGCGGCGCCCUGGAGCACCUGCUGCUCAACGACAACCUGCUGGCGGGGCUCCCGGCCGACGCCUUCCGCGGCUUGCGCCGCCUGCGCACGCUCAACCUGGGCGGCAACGCGCUGAGCCGCGUGGAGCGCGCCUGGUUCGCCGAGCUGGCCGAGCUGGAGCUGCUCUACCUGGACCGCAACCGCAUCGCCUUCGUGGAGGAGGGCGCCUUCCAGAACCUGUCGGGCCUCCUCGCUCUGCACCUCAACGGCAACCGCCUCACCGUGCUCGCCUGGGCCGCCUUCCGACCCGGCUUCUUUCUAGGCCGCCUCUUUCUCUUCCGCAACCCCUGGUGCUGCGACUGCCGCCUCGAGUGGCUGCGGGGCUGGAUGGAGAGCUUGGGGCGCGUCGCCGACGUGCCGUGCGCCUCUCCGGGCUCCGUGGCUGGCCUGGACCUCCGCCAGGUGGCCUUUGGUCGCUCCUCCAGUGGCCUCUGUGUGGACCCCGAGGAGCUGAUCCUCUCCGCGUCCAGUUCAGGCCCGUCCCCAGGGCCGGCGGCCACCACCGCGAGCAGGUUCAGCAGCCUCCUCUCCAAGCUCCUGGCUCCCAGGGCCCCAGCGGAGGACGUGGCCAACACCACCGCUGGGCCCGUCAACGCCUCGCUGUCCAACGGCCUUCCCCCCCGUGGGGUGGGGGGCUUGGGCCGUCAGCCCGCGCUUCUCCUGGGUUCUAGUCUCCUGCUCGGUGUGGUCCAGCACGGGGUGUUUGCCCUGCAGGUAGACUGACCCUGCCACACUGGGGUGACCCCAACUGCCUUGGGCAGUGGGGGAGUUUAGUUAA